AUGGCAGCCAGCAAAUCCCACCCUCGCGUCUCCCUAACCCUCCUCAUCACAACCCUGGUUAGCCUCGGCCUCGCCGCCAAACCGUCCUCGGGCUGCGGCAGCGCCCCCAAGCUCAUCACGUCGGCCAGCACGCAGACGCCUCUUACGCUGACCGUCAACAACCAGAAGCGCGAGUUCUUCGUCAAGCUGCCCGACAACUACAACAACACGCACCCGCACCGGCUGGUGCUCACGCUCCACGCGCUGGGCGGCCAGGCAUCGCAGGUCGUCGCCGGCACGGGCGGCUACCUGCCCUACUACGGCCUCGCGGCGCUGGCCACCAGCACCAACGCCACCCUGGCCACCAACACGCGGACCAUCUUCGUCGCGCCCAACGGCCUCAGCAACGGCUGGGGCAACACCAACGGCACCGACGUCAAGUUCAUCGCGCAGGUGCUCGCGGCCGUCGAGGCCGACGCGUGCGUGGACCAGUCCCUGCGCUUCUCGACGGGCUUCAGCUUCGGCAGCGCCAUGUCGUACAUCCUGGCGUGCUCCAUCGGCGGCGGCAUCGACGGGCUGCGCGCGGUCGCCGCGCUGUCGGGCAACCCGCAGAUCAGCGGCACGUGCCCGGGCAGCACGGCGUCGGCCGAUGAUGCGGUCGCCUACUACGGCCAGCACGGCACCAGCGACACGGUGCUGCCCAUCGCCGGCAGCCGGUCCAUGCGCGACCGCUUCCUGCAGCUCAACGGCUGCGACGCCGCCCAGAAGGAGGCCACAGACCCCGCCACCGGCAGCGGGACUCAUGUCAAGACUGUCUACCGCGGCUGCAAGCCCGACAAGCCCGUCGUGUGGGUCACGUUUGACGGUCCGCAUACGCCGACGCCCAAGGACAAGGGGCAGAGCGAUACGUGGGUCCCGGCAGAGACGUGGGCGUUUUUCUCGCAGUUUACGUGA